GAAUACAUAAUAAUUAAUAUGUUUGACAAUCAAAACUGGAGUCCCAAGUCACCAAGGGUAACAAAAUAAAUCGUAUCAAAAGUGACUGUCCAAUAUAUUAAUAUCUGAAUAAUAUUCAGUGUGUCGAAGGUUCGAGCUUUGAUAACUUAUAUUACCUUACACGCUUGUCGCUGCGAUUUCAUUUUUGAGCAAUCUGCAUAAUGGGUUGUGAUGGUGGAACUAUUCCCCGUCGUGAUGAACUUGUCCGCUUAAAAAAGAAACCAGAACAGAAAGACAAAGAUGCUGAACGCUCUUUUAAGUGGCGUAAUUGUGCAUUAUCUCAGCAACCAUUGCAAGAACCUGUAGCCGCAUGUGGCCUUGGAAGAUUGUACAGCAAAAGUUCAGUUUUAGAAAGUCUCCUGGAUAAAGAAAGCAAGCCAGAAUCAAUAAGCCACAUUAAAAAUCUGAAGGAUAUAAGGGAUCUAAAUCUUACAAAGAAUCCGGCAUACAAAAAAACAGAACAUACUGAUGGUGCAGUGGGUGAUGGCAGUGCUCCUUACAUAUGCCCCAUAAGUGGUUUAGAGAUGACAGGAAAGUUUCGUUUCAUAUUCUUAUGGAGCUGUGGCUGUGUGCUAGCUGAAAGAGCAUUAAAGGAAGUGAAACAGAACCUUUGUCAUAUGUGUCAGAAUCCUUUCACUGAUAAUGAUGUAGUGGUUCUCAAUGGAAAUGAGGAAGAUAUCGAAAAACUCAAUGAACAGAUGUCAAUACGAGUCUCUAACAGAAAGACAAAAAAAUCAAAAACUACAAAGAAAGAAAAAAUUGAAAUAAAAACAGAGGAACCUUCAACAUCCCAAGAACCGCAACCUUGCAGUAGUCAAGUUAAAAAGGAAGAUGAUAAGAGUCAACUGAAAAAAGAAAUGUCAGAUACAAUACCACUAACAUUACCAAAAUUUAACCCAAAUAAACAAGCAAGAGGACAUUUUGGAUCAUUCAAAAGGGCUCAUCCAAAUGCAUUGCAGCAAGAUCCAUCCUAUAAAAAGACAAAGAAAGAAUACAGUAUAGCAAAAGAUCCACAGACAAGUGAAGUCUAUAAAUCAUUAUUUACAACACACAAAAGUGAAGAAGACCAGAAGAGAGCUCACUGGGUUACAUACAAUCCAUUCUAUAAUUAAUAUAUUUUAAUAAAAAAUGUUGGUAUGAUAUAUAAUCAAUCAUUGAUACAAUAUGUAAAAUCUAAUAAAAAAUAAAUGCAAUUAAACAACA